CAGCAUGCACAGGGACGUCGGCCAUUAAAAUUGCCCUACAGGAGUCCCUCUUUAAUUGCUGGGAUAUUCGGUAUCCGCUCUUUUCGGGAGGAAUCUUAGCAAAUGCAAUACUGAUGGUUAUAGCUGUUAUUGUCCAAGUAAUAUUAAUACAUAGUUAUUUGGUUGUGUCCUUGCCAUGUAGGUAACAUACUACGUGACGUUUCGAAUUUAGCAUAGUAGAAUCAGGGGGUGGGUUUGCCUGCCAGGCUCUACCUUGGACAGCUCUCACUGCUGUUACCAGGCAGACAUAGUUCCAACAUGGCAGCAACGGGGAACGCAGAAGAGACGCAGUUGCAAGAGAUGGAGGAAGAGGCAGGAAUGGAGAGAGAAAUGGAUUCAGAUGAAGAGGAGGGUAUGGGAAUCGAAAACUCCGACGAUGAAGAAGACGAUUCGUCAGAAGAUGAUAAAGAGAAUGAAGCCGAAAUUCAGCGUUUGGAGGAGCAGCUGUCCAUCAAUGCUUUUGACUACAACUGUCAUGUGGACCUCAUAAAACUCCUGAGGCAGGAGGGGGAGCUGCCUCCACUGCGUAAGGCAAGGCAGAAGAUGAGUGAGCUCUUCCCACUGACUGAAGAGAUAUGGCUGGACUGGCUCAAGGAUGAGAUCCGCCUAACCGAGGAGGAGCAGAACCGGGAGAAAGUCUACGAGCUCUUUGAGAUGGCUGUGAAAGAUUAUAUCUGCCCUGAAAUCUGGCUGGAGUAUGCCCAGUACUCUAUCGGGGGCAUGGGAUUGCCUGGUGGGAUGGAGAAGGUGAGGUCCAUCUUCGAGAGAGCCCUGACAGCCGUGGGGCUGCACAUGACCAAGGGGGUGACUCUGUGGGAGGCCUACAGGGAGUUUGAGAAUGUCAUACUGGCAACUGUUCAGCCUCCCCCUGGCAUCGUCCCCACCUGCGAGCAGCAGGAGCUUCUGAACGCUCAGCUUGAACGCAUCCACACUCUUUUCCGCCGCCAGCUGGCCAUCCCCUUAAUGGACAUGGAAGGAACAUAUGCAGAGUAUGAGGAGUGGUCUGACCAGGGGGUUUCUGAUACAGUCUCCCAGAAAUACAAGAGGGCCCUGCAACAGAUGGAGAAGAGCAAGCCUUAUGAGGAGACUUUGAUGGCAGCCGAGCCACCCAAGCUAGCAGAAUAUCAGACCUAUAUUGACUAUGAGCAAAAGGAGGGUGACCCGGCACGGAUCCAGAUCAUCUUUGAGCGGGCACUGGCAGAGAACUGCCUGGUACCAGACAUGUGGGCCAAGUACACCAAGUACCUGGAUCGUCAACUAAAAAUCAAAGACCUGGUCCUGUCCUCUCACGACCGUGCGGUCAGGAACUGCCCCUGGACCAUGGGCCUGUGGAAGAACUACCUGCUUGCCCUGGAGAGGCAUGGGGCUGACCACCACACUAUCUCAGAUGUUUUUGAAAAGGCCCUGAAUGCCGGAUUCAUACAGGCUACAGAUUAUGUUAAUAUCUGGGAAGCGUACCUCGAUUACCUGAGGCGGCGUGUCGAUUUCAGCAAAGGUGAAAGCACCUUAACAUUGGAGUCGAGCAGAGAGCUGGAGGAGCUGCGGGCAGCCUUCACCCGUUCUCUAGACUAUAUGAAACAGGACGUGGAAGAGAGAUUUAGUGAAAGUGGAGACCCUUCCUGUACCAUCAUGCAGGUCUGGGCAAAGAUAGAGGCCCUGCAUUGUAAGAACAUUCAGAAAGCUAGAGAACUGUGGGACAGCAUCAUGACAAAAGGGAAUGCCAAAUUCGCCAACAUGUGGCUGGAGUACUAUAACCUGGAGAGGUCGUAUGGAGAUGCUCUUCACUGCAGGAAAGCCCUCCACAGAGCCGUCCAGUGUACCUCCGACUAUCCUGAGCAUGUGUGUGAGGUCCUGCUCACCUUUGAGAGGGUUGAGGGGUCUCUGGAGGACUGGGAUGCAGCGGUGCAGAAGACUGAGACGAGGCUGAACAGAGUAAACGAGCAGAGGGCCAAGUCCCUCUCUCAGGUGGCAGAGAAAGAGGCUCAUCUGGUCCGACAGGAGGAGCAGAAGACUGAACAGCGGCGGAGGGCCAAGGCAGACAAGAAGAACCAAAAGAAGGGACAGAAAGGCAGCAGGCCUGGGGAGAAGAGGAAGGCAGAGGAUGAGGAUAACGAGAAUGAGUGGGGGGAGGAAUCGGAGCAACCUCCAAAGAGGCACCGAGGGGAGGGCAACCAGGGCAGCUUCAGGGGAGGAGGUGCUGAGGAGUAUAUGGAGACAGAGAGUGGACUGUUUGGGAGGAGAGCCCCCCCUUGCCGGAGACAGGAAGCCCCUGGUGCUAAGAGGGGCCAACAGAUGGCACCAGCCACCGUACGGAAGACCCAGGAAGACAACCCUGAACAACGCAAGGACGACUGCAGUGUGUUUAUCAGCAACCUGGCCUUCAGCAUGGAGGAUCCAGAGAAGAGACUGAAGGAGUUGUUUGAGCCCUGUGGUCCUGUCCAGUCGGUGCGCCCCGUCUAUGCUGCCAAGGGCUUCAGAGGGUACUGCUAUAUACAGUUUGAGGGCAAGACGUCCGUGCCUGAGGCCCUGAAGAUGGACCGGCGUGAGGUCGACGGCAGGCCAAUGUUCGUAUCGCCUUGUGUGGAUAAAAACAAGAACCCUGAUUUUAAGGUGUUUAAGUACAACACAAACCUAGAGAAACACAAGAUCUUUAUCUCGGGCCUGCCCUUUUCCUGCACCAAGGAGCAGCUGGAGGAGCUGUGCAAGGAUCAAGGCACCAUCAAAGACAUCCGCCUGGUAACCAACCGCUCAGGCAAAUCCAAGGGUCUGGCGUACGUGGAGUUCGAACAUGAGGCUCAGGCAUCCCAGGCCGUGCUGAAGUUGGAUGGCACGGUACUACAGGAACACACACUCUCUGUUGCCAUUAGCAACCCACCUCGCAGAAAUGCAGCCGACAAGCCUGACUUAAGCAGGCCCAUGGGAGCCAUGAUGCCCCGGGCUAUGGUCUAUGGAUCGAGGGGAAAAGGGCGAACCCAACUCUCACUAAUCCCUCGUUCCCUACAUCGGCAGACUGGAUCAGAAAGUAAAGCAGAAAAUGGGACUGCACCUAAACCCACAGGGGGUGCAUCCGGAGACGCUGGGUUUGAAGCACAGGCCAAGCCCAUGUCCAAUUCAGACUUUGCCAAAAUGCUUCUCAGAAAGUGAAAAUUAUGGAAAAACGAAAGUAAAUCAAAUGACUGCCUUUUGUAUGGAAAGCCAUCUUGGGUCCUUGAGAAGAAAUGGCAGAUCUUGUGUUGUUUGACUCCCCUUUAAUCACUCCCAUGGCCUCAUUCUCCUUGUCACUUUUUGUGAGAAAGCCUUAAUCUCCCUGGCUCCUUCGACUGGCCCCAAACUCCAUAUUACCAUCACUCCAUAUUACCAUCCUUUUGAACAAUGAUUGAUUGAUUUUCCUUUUGAACAAUGAUUGAUUUUCCUUUUGAACAAUGAUUGAUUGAUUUUCCUUUUGAACAAUGAUUGAUUCAUAUUCCUUUUGAAAAAGUGACCAAUUUCGGCUUGCUUUUUUUAGAUUGGAAAAGGUGUUUUUAUAGAAGACGUAACGUGUAAAUUAUUUUUUUCUGAAUUGAGAAAAGGGUUCUGAGUUGUGUUUUUUUUUUUGUUAACUGCUAAAACAACCCAGCUUGUGAAUUAUGUUUCUUGUUGUUUUUAAAAAGUAUAUGCAAGAGCUUGACAUUUGAGAUGUUAUAGAUUAUGUAUUACAACAAUGAAAAUAAUUUCCCCCAC